ACUAUUUUUGGUAGAUCAUUUAUUAUAGCAUUGUGUUUGUUUUUAGCCUUUUUAUUGCGGGAGCAACAUGUAUUAAUGAACUAUUUGGGUUAAAAGGGGCAAUCAGCUUCAAGAUUGAAGCAAUGAUAAUAAAAAGCAAAAUUAUACAAAAAGUCUUGCUGGGGUUAUUAAUUCUGCUGGAUUUAUGCUUUUAUUGACAAAUUAGGCUCUAGAUCAUUCAUCAAAGCGCUCCAAGUGGGGAGUCUCCCCCUAAAAAUCCAACUUUUGUCCAAUCUAACAUUUACAACAGUUUGCCAAACAAGCCCAGACGCGUCUGUUUUCCCUCUAUUUCCAUUUUUAUUCCUCCUAAUUGUUUAAGCCAUCACGCACGCAGCGCGUCAGCCUCCUCUCCUCUCCUGUCUGGCCAUUUGUCGGGAGCUCUCUCAGGAGGAGUGUCAAUCAGAGCCUCGGCUUCCCUUUCAUCUCUCCUUCCUCCCAGUGACUGAGGAGGGAGAAGAGGAGGAGGAGGAGGAGGAGGGAGCAGCUACAUUACCAACACACACGCACUGGUUACAUUACACUGUGGAAACGCUGCGGGUGCAGAGGGAAGUCAGUCCACGGCGGUUUUCCCUUCUCAGGCUUCUGCUUUUUGAUUGUUUCCCUUCUUUUUGCUUUCAUCUCUCCUCAUUUGAGCAGCUGGGUGAGGAUGUACUCGAAGCGCCGCCGCGGUGUGUCGCCUCGCUUGUCGCUGAAGUGUUAAAAGACCUGAGCAGCCGCUUCGCCGGACCUCAAAGGAAAUAAUUUGUUCAAACUUUUUAUUCGAGGCUCUUUUCACGGAACGUUUUUUAAAUGAGUUUGUUUUUGAUUAUUUCACCCACGUGACUCGUUGUGGUCCUGUUCAUCUUUCCGUGUAGUUGAACAGUGAAGACUCCUCUCUCCUCCUGUUGCUUCAGCCUAAGCGCGCGCGCGCACACACACACACCAGCAGCGUGUCCGCAGCCUCCGAGCCGCGCGCUCUCUCUUCUCGGUGGGAGUUGACCUUCCGCCGCCUGCACCGGUGGUGAAUCCUAACGAGCCCACACCUCCAGCGGGCAUCAUGCCUCAGCUAUCGGGCGGCGGAGACCCGGAGCUCUGCGCCACGGACGAAAUGAUCCCGUUCAAAGACGAAGGAGACCCGCACAAGGAGCAGAUCUUCGCCGAACUGAGCCACUCGGAGGAGGAGGGAGACCUGGCAGACAUCAAGUCCUCUCUGGUCCACGAGUCUGAGAGCAGCCCCAACAGCAACAGCCACGACGCAGCUAGACAGUCCCAAAUAUCACAAGAUUCCUACCACGACAAACACAGAGACCAUCCAGAAGAUGGAAAACAUCCAGAUAUGUACAGUAAAGGCCACCCGUACCCCAGCUACCCAAGUUACAUCAUGAUGAGCAACAUGAACAGCGACUCCUACAUGAACAACGGCUCCAUGUCUCCGCCCAUGCCCAGAACGUCCAAUAAAGUCCCUGUUGUGCAGCCGUCCCAUGCAGUCCACCCUCUCACACCACUGAUCACGUACAGCGAUGAGCACUUUGCUCCAGGCUCCCAUUCAGGCCAUCAUCCCCAGGAUGCCAGCAACAAACAAGGAAUGCCCAGGCAUCAUCCCGGACCAGACAUGUCCAAUUUCUACUCGCUGUCUCCUGGGGGAGUGGGGCAGAUCACGCCGCCGCUGGGAUGGUGAGUCACUAACUGAUGACCGUAAAAAGCUCGAUGAUUCAUGCUGACGGGAGGGUGUGUGUGUGUGUGUGU